UUCUAUCCAGCCUGGGUUUCAAAUCCUAUUUAAGAUCUGACUCCAUACCACUCUGAGCGUUUACAUGAAACAUCGUGUGCAAACUUUUUUUGCGACCAUAAAACUUUGUAGGAAGUUCGCUCGUUAGGACAUUCCUGCGAGGAUUGCAAAGGGGGUUAACUGAGAUUAGGCUCUUUAUGCUUUUUCACGUGAAAGAGCCUUUAUAAGGCGAUAUUUUUGGAGGAGACGGUGGUUAUUUGCACGGCUUGUGUUUUGUGCAAACGUGAAUUCGUGCAUCUAAACAUGGGAGCCUAUACAUUACCGGAUGGAUUCACGGACUAUGACAUGUUUGCUUUCGGCUCUGCACUCCUUGUUGGAGGCCUUCUGGGAUUCUUCCUCAAUGCCAUCAGCGUCCUGGCCUUCAUCAGUGUGAAGGAGAUGAGAACUCCUAGUAACUUCCUUGUGUUCAAUCUGGCUUUGGCUGACAUCAGUUUGAAUAUAAACGGGCUCACCGCUGCAUAUGCCAGCUAUCUCAGGUAUUGGCCAUUUGGUCAAGAAGGUUGUGACUAUCACGCUUUCCAGGGGAUGAUAUCGCUCUUGGCCUCCAUCAGCUUCAUGGCUACAAUUGCCUGGGACAGAUAUCACCAGUACUGCACCAGACAGAAGCUCUUCUGGAGCACGGUUAUGACGAUGAGCGCCAUCAUCUGGACUCUCUCCAUCUUCUGGUCGGCUGUUCCGCUGAUGGGAUGGGGUGUCUAUGACUUUGAGCCUAUGAAGACUUGCUGCACACUGGACUACACCAGAGGGGACAGGGAUUAUAUCACCUUCGUGCUGACUCUAAUUGGGCUUUACCUGUUGUUCCCAUGUUUCGUCAUGGUGUCAUGUUAUGAUGCCACCUACAAACAUUUCAAGAAAACCCGUAACUACAGGUUUAACACCAGUAUGCCCUUGAGGGUGUUGCUAAUGUGCUGGGGUCCGUACAUCCUCAUGUGUAUCUACGCCUGCUUCGAAAACGCGAAGCUCGUCUCUCCAAAACUACGAAUGGUGCUUCCAGUUCUCGCAAAGACAAAUCCUAUCUUCAACGCUCUCCUCUACUCAUUUGGGAAUGAGUACUACCGAGGCGGGGUGUGGAACUUCCUCACCGGACAGAAGAUCGUGGAGCCAGACAUUAAGAAAUCAAAAUAAAAGAAAACUCAAUGUCGCCUGCCAAAAAGCCAAGUAUAUCAUACGCUCUUAUGAUCGGAUCCUUACACUAGCACUGUAGGAUGUUGUAAAAUAAACAUCAUUUAGUCAUUUAGAUGCCAGUCAAUUAAAUUAAGCCCAAAGUUUUCGGUUAGGAACCCACAUAUGUCAUGCUGGAUUGAUGCAAUAUCAAAUUCUUUCUCCAGCAACUUGUUUUUAAGCUAAACUGCUGCUCCGUCCACAUUUACCACUCACAAUAAACAGAUGCUGCUGCUCA